AUGGGUGCAGAUAGACCUUCAUGGUGGAGACUGUCCCUCAUCGUCGAAAAUUGUAUUACUGCUCCAGUUGCAAUUCCCAUUUACCCAUUUAUUCCGGCUUGGCCACAUCAAGCAAAAUGGUUGUCCGAUAAGGAAAGGACUUCACUCGCUGAUAUCAUUAAGAAAGAAGACUUCUUGAACAGACGGAUGAGGAGUCAGAUCGUCACACGUUCACUAUCCUUAAAGAUUGGAAGACAUACAUAUGGUGAAUACCUCGAUUUAAUGGCUAUCCUAGGCUAA